AUGUCCUGGAACCAUCUGCAAGGACACGACGAGGACCACGCGACAAACUUUGGAAUCAGAAUCAACGGCAGAAAUCUAACGCAUCUAAGAUUUGCUGAAGAUAUUGUCCUAGCGGCAAAUCAUCCAAAUACUGCCAGCGAGAUGAUCCAGGAACUAGUGGAAAGGUGUGCAAAAGUAGGUCUCCAAGUCAAUAAUAACAAAACCAAAGUGUUGCGAAACACAUUUGCCACCGACCAUCCGGUCUGCAUCAAAAGUGGCGCAACCACCACCACCGCCAUCGAAGAUGUCAGCGAGUACAUCUACUUAGGUAGACUACUCAACGUACGGAACGAAUUGGAGCCGGAGCUCCAUAGAAGACGACGAGCAGCGUGGGCGGCAUUCAACGGAAUCAAGAACAUCACGGAUGCCCUCACCUGCCCUAAAAUUCGUGCCAGACUCUUCGACUCGAUCGUCCUCCCAGCGCUCGCUUACGGCUCAGAAACCAGGACCUUUACGAAGGCACUGGCUGAAAGAGUGCAAGUAACCCACGCGUCGUUGGAAAGGAGACUCGUCGGACUGUCGCUAUCCCAGCAAAGAGAGAGAAAUCUCCAUCGAGAAUACAUCCGACGCCUAUCCGGCGUCCGCGACCCUCUACUCCACACGUGGCACGAAGGACAGACAACCGGUGGACCACUCUGA